AUUGACGACAAGUUACACCCUAGAGCAAAAUGGAGUAGCGGAAAGGAAAAACAGAAGUCUGUUAGAGAUGGCCAAGAGCAUGUUGAAGGCUAAACAACUACCAAAUAAAUUUUGGGCAGAAGCAGUUUCUACAGCGAGUUACAUUUUAAACGAGUGUCCUACAUUAUUUUUGGAGAAUAUUACUCCGUAUGAAGCAUGGACUGAAAGAAAGCCAAAGUUGGCAGUGGGAGGAAGUUGUGCAGGAUCGGCUUACUAGAAUGGUUGAUGAAGAAUUGCCUACAAUUAAUGAAACAGAAAGUGCGACUUCAAGCCCCACUCAUACUUCACCAAGUUCUUCAACAAGUUCAUCUCCCAAACCAUCUCCAUCAAGGAUGAGAUUGCCAGAGGAAAUUUAUGAAAGAACAUAUGUGUGCCAAUUUAAUUCUACACUGGAAUAUGAGAUCUUUGAAGAUGCGGUGAAAUCACUAGAUUGGUGCAAAUCAAUGGAAGAGGAGAUAUCGGUGCUGGAGCAGAAUCAAACCUGGGAACUUGUAGAUCUACCCCCAGAUAAAGAAGCUAUCGGCUUAAAGUGGAUUUACAAAACCAAGUUCAAGCCCGACGGAUCCAUUCAAAAAUUAAAGGCUAGAAUUAUUACCGAAUGGUAUUUACAAUGA